AUGGGUCGCUCUCAGGAGCUCAGUGACUCCAAGCGUCGUCCCGUGAUAGGUUGUCACCUGUGCAAUAAGUCCAUCCGUGACAUUUCCUGGCUACUAAAUAUUCCACAGUCAACUGUUAGUGAGAUUAUAACAAAGUGGAAGCAACUGGGAACAACAGCAACUGGUAGGCCAUGUAAAAUGACAGAGUGGGGUUGUGUUUCAGGAGUUGGGCUUGGCCCCUUAAUUCCAGUGAAGGGAACUCUUAAGGCAUCAGCAUACCAAGACAUUUUGGACAAUUUCAUGCUCCCAACUUUGAAGAGUUUGGGGAUGGCCCCU